AUGAAGGGGUUGCCCUGCCCGUGCCCUGCCCUGCCCCACUUCUGGCAGCUGGGGUCUCCCUUCAUGGCCGACGGCUCUGGGACUCAGACCCCAGGGAAAGGGGCCCUGCUCAGCAUCCAGCUCCUGCGAGCCCGGUAUGAAGGCCUUAGACGGCAACAGAAGGCCCAGGCCCACGUGGUGGUGCUCCCGAAAGGAGGGAACAUGCCUGCUCCUGCUGAGGCCAUGGUCAGUGCUGUUUGGAUUAACAAGGAGAGAAGGCAUUCACUGUCCCUAGAAGAGGCGGCUCCUGAGGCAGAAGAGAUGCUGGAGGAGGCUGACAGAGGCUGUCUCCAGGCCCCCAAGUCUCCAUGGCACACGCACUUAGAGAUGCACCGCUCAGUCCAAACCUUCCACCAGGAAACCAGUCAUCAAGUAAAGCACAAGAACAAGUUCAUGGGGUCUGAGCAAAGGCUCCCAGGCUUGUUUGAAGACACUCAGAUGACUCAGCAAGGAAGCACGAUCCCAGAGGCAGCCCAGCACGAAUGUCAAGUGGGCAAUACCCAAACAAAGGCAGUGGGAUCUAGCUUAAACAUUGGCACUCAGGGUCCUCCUUCCACAAAGAAGCCACACAGGUCUGGAAAACCAGCUCACUAUCCAUUUCCCCGGAGGAAAACUCCCAGGAUCUCCCAGGCGGCCCGGAACCUGGGCUUAUAUGGCCCAGCCUGA